AUGUAUAAUUAUAUUUUCCAAAGUAAAGCAAUUGUUUUAUAUUUUUCGCAUGUUAAAGCCACGAACGAUUGAAUAUCGAGAUGUAGUACAAACAAGAUUGAAAUAUAAUUGAUACAUUUAUAUAUUUUAUUAGAAAUUUAGAUAUUAAACGACGUAUUAAUAUUGUCCACGAUACUUUCUUUUGACCCAGAAAUAUAACAAAUAACGUUAUUGUACACUGACUAUUUUACGUUAUCUAUGGAAAAUUAUUUUCUAUUUAUAGAAUUGUAGCUGCAAAUACUAAUUGUCAAUUGUUUAAUUAUUAAUGAAAGCUAUAAAUUAAAUUACACGUGCAGUUAAUAUAGCGAAAAGUGAACUUGAAUUUUCAAAAUUAUAAUGAUGUACCAUAUUCCUUUGAAACAUGUGCACAUAAAGUCGAACAUUUGUAAAACAUACGCAAUUGCUUAUGUACGAUUUAGAUUCUAAAGUCAAUCAUAUUAAUGAACAAUAACGUUUGUAAUUUAAUUAAUUACUUACAGUAAUCUAUAAUGCUUCGUGUUGAUCUCUACUAUGACGUUCAUAUUCAUUUGCACGACACUGUACGACAACUUCUCUUGUAGAAAUAAACAUGUGAACUGAAUUACAACUUCGAAAAGAAUUCAAAUUUAAAUUACAUAGCAGCAGUGAUACCAAUGACAAAAACAGAAAAAAAUAUUCCAAAGAGCGUAAACAUGGCCUCGCGGUGUAAUCACGCUAUUCAGCGAGUUUUAGCAAAAUUAGAAGCAUCCAUAAAUUCGGAAAAUUAUUAUGAAGCUCAUCAAAUGUAUAGAACUUUGUACUUCAGCAUGCAAGUGGAGCUGACUUAGGAAUUUUAUUUGUAAAUGUUUUAACACAAUCAGGAACAGAACCUUCUCAAGAUUAUUUUGAAAAAAUUACAAGCUUGUUCAGUUUAAUGAGCCCUGCAUCACCUGAAAGAGAUGUAUUUGUACAAUCUGCUCUUAGAUGGAGUAUAAAGGGUACAGAAUAUAAAACAGGUCAUCCAGAUUUACAUCAAAAAAUAGCACAAGUAUUUUGGAGAGAAAAAAAUUAUGUAAUGGCAAGACAGCAUUUCAUAUAUAGUAGAGAUGGUUCUGGAUGUGCUGCAAUGCUUGUUGAGCUCCAUGAACAACGUGGUUACAAAAAUGAAAUAGAUCUUUUUAUAGCCCAAGCAGUUUUGCAAUAUCUCUGUUUACAAAAUAAAACAACUGCUCAGGAAGUUUUCAAUUCUUAUACAUCGCAACAUCCAAAAAUAAACAGUGGUCCACCAUAUCUUCUUCCUUUAUUGAAUUUUUUAUUUUUUUUAUUGAAAAUAGUUGACAGUGGUAAAUUCGCUGUGUUCACAGUACUUUGUGAACAAUAUCGAAUAUCUUUAAAUAGAGAUCCGUGUUAUCGACAGUACUUAGACAAAAUAGGACAAUUAUUUUUUAAUGUUCCAUCCCCACGUCCUCGUAAUCAGGGAUUAUUUGGUACACUUUUACAAUCUUUUUUUAAUGGUCUUGAAGAUGAAGGUUCAGAUGAUGAACAGAGAAACACAGCUUCAACUUCACAAACAGCACAAGAGCUUGACUGAUUAAAAGUUACACGUCACUGUGCAAUGUGAUGAAAGUAAAA